CCUUCUUGAGAGAGAGAGAGCGGAAGAGCCAGAGAGCGAAAGGGAAGCCGCAGAGAGAGAUGUCGUCGAGCGCAGCGGUGCCGUUCUGGAGAGCAGCUGGGAUGACCUACAUCACCUACUCCAACAUUUGCGCCAAUCUCGUCAGGAAUUGCCUCAAGGAACCCCACAGAUCUGAAGCCCUCUCUCGCGAGAAGGUCCAUUUCGUCUUCUCCAAGUGGGCCGAUGGCAAGCCUGAAAAGCCUACUGUUCGUUCAGACACACCAGAACAGUAACAGGGAGUUCUUGGAGUUGGAAGACUUGGCAGGCAAAUGUCUCUAAGAUCGUAAAGUUAAUCAAUAAAUAGAUGAGAGAAUUUGUCAUUGUUGAAGCUUCUGUUUCUCUGCACUUGUUUUUAGUGUCCAUGCCAUAUGGCCCUUGAUUUUGGAUUUGCAUGGUUGAACCUGUAAUAAAUUUAGUUGUGCAAUUUGCAACUGUCCAGGCCUUUCUAUUCCAAACAUUACAACGGGUUGUUGUGUAACUUAAAAAUCCAGUUGAGGGUGUACAAUUUGGAAAGCUGCCCACUAAUUCUCCCGAAGUAAUGCAUUGUUCCAUGAGGGGCUGAAUUUUGUAUGACUUGUAUAUGAUAUAACGCUAACUAUUUAUGUUAGUGUUGCUAAAAUUU